AUGCAACAUUUCGUGGAUUUGCAAGAGAAUUCGGAGCUGGGUGAGACCAAUUCAUGGCUUUCAGCCAAAGAGCACUCGUUAGCGUCCGGUGCGCCGCCCAAUACCAAUUUGGAUCGCGACCUCUUCAACGACCUCGUUGAGAUUGUCCCUCUCGUUCAGUCUCUCAUCGAUCGCAAAGCAAGCCGUUCAUUCACGCGGCGUGGUUCCAUGAUCUACACCAAGACACCUACAAGAGAAUCGUUGUCUAGAAAAGUAACUGAUUCAAAAAGUAGGAAUGUUGCCCAAUCUAUUCCUGCCAAAAAGAAAAGGGAUCAUGGAGAAAAAGAACAAGGAAAAAAUGGUGGCAAUGAUGCUGAUGGCUAUUCCAUGAUUUCUUCAAGAUCUUUGGCUUCAGAAAAGGACAGUGAAGAGUUAGGUAUUCUGAAGGAGCAGGUAGAGGAACUUCAGAGGAAACUGUUGGAGAAAGAUGAACUUUUAAAGUCAGCAGAAAAUUCUAGAGACCAGUUGAGUGCUUUUAAUGCAAAACUUGAUGAACUGAAACACCAGGCUUCAGAAAAGGACACUUUACUGAAAUUUACUCAACAGCAGCUCUCUGAUGCUAAGAUUAAGCUUGCAGACAAGCAAGCUUCUCUUGAAAAGAUACAAUGGGAAGCAAUGACAUCCACCAAGAAAGUAGAGAAACUCCAAGAUGAGCUAGGUUCCAUGCAAGCUGAUAUUUCAUCAUUCACGUUAUUACUGGAAGGAUUAUCAAAAGCUGACACUGCUAAAUACACUGACGAUUAUGAUGUCAAGCCGUAUGAUUUCAGUCACGUGCCUAGUAUUGAUGAUUUGGAAGAGAUGGACUUACAGAAAAUGGAAGAAGCAAGAAAAGCUUAUAUGGCUGCUGUUGCUAUUACCAAAGACAAACAAGAUGAGGAAUCAAUUGCAGCUGCUGCCAAUGCUAGGUUACACCUUCAGUCACUUGUUUUCAAAUCCAAAGCUCUUAACCUGUAA